CCGAGUUCAGUCGCGCCAUUCGGCCGUGGUUGUUCACGUGUCGGCCCCGUGUGCACAUUUUCCGUGUUCCGUGUUUCCGGCCCCCUCCCCCCAAGGGGAAGAAGGGAAAGAAAAAAAAGGGGAGGAGAGAGAGAGAGAGAGGAGAGAGGGGAGUGGAAAGGAAGUGGAUUCCCGCGUUCGAUGGUCCCGAUCGGAGAGGCCCGCCACGAUCGACGCAAGGAUGCCUAACGAGAACGCGCCAGUGUGCGGGUGCGGGGUGGUGGUCGAUCUGCCGAAAUCGCGAAAUGGCGCGCUGUCCUCGAGACGGCUCACGAUCAGAAUACCCAAGUCGAAGGGUGGGAAGUCGGACGGGCGGGCUGCCAAGAAGCAGCAGCAGCAGCAGCAGGACGACGCUCGUGGGAAGAGCAGAACUUCCGAAACGGGAAGUUGCAGCUCGGUGACGGAGCAAGCCAGACCGGUUACGAAAAGCAGCAAACACGAGAAGCGUUUGAAUCACUCGAGGAGGACCCGAAGCGCGGACAGGGCGGAGUCGCACUACACUUAUAUAGAGUCCGGCUCGAGCAUCCUUGGCGGUGGAAUAAGGGAGAACGCUAUACCGGAGGCGUUGUACGCCACCAUUCCAGACACGGCGAACGCGACCGCAAACGAAACCGGAAAUGGUCAAUUAAACGCGCAAAGCAGGCCGGUUUACGCCAUCCCCUCUAUGGUAUCGCCACCGCCCACCUACGACGUGGCCAUCUCGAAAACAUGGCAGACCGGUCUUCCGCCCACCUACGAGGAAUACUUGUGCCACAAGUACGCCAUGAUCUCUCGUUCCCAUACACCACCGCCGCCAUGGUCGGACUCCACCACGUCGACAGCCACGACGACACCAACCGCGCCCACAGUUCAAACUCGCCGCGAAUUGUUGGCAAGUCAACCAGAGCUGAGGGAAUACCUGGCGCAAUUGUCGCUCUCUCAGAACAACGACAGGCCGGCCGGCCAUCACCACCAUCACCACCACAACCAGGGAACCGUGCUCAGAGACAGCAGCUAUCUCUCGAAUCAGCAAGCCUCGAGGGAGCAAGCGAGGACGCAGCAACGUCCACGAGCCAUGCCUCCCAGAUCCCAGAGCGAGAGCCGCGUGCAACAGCAGAGAAUCGCGACCAUGUACGAGGACGGCGCGUUCUGCAUGGAAACGACCGCGCUGCAAUCGGCGUUCGAGAACGGGAUAGCCUUGUGCAGCCUGAUGUAAUCGGCAAGCCCACCGAUGUCCCAGGGAGGGGGAGGAAGGAUGAUCCCAGGAACGAAAUCUUUUUUUUUCCCCCCCUUUAUUCGAGGCCACCGUUCGAAGAAGAAGAAGAAUUUCAUCGUGGAUGCAACGAAGCGAAGCCCAAUGUCGAAGUUCUUCCCCCGACAAAUCCCUUUCGUAUCGAUCUCCCUUUCCUCUUAACCCCCUCUUCUUAUCUUCUUACCUCUAUCUUCAUCGAUGGAGAUGGAAUCGAAAAAGUUUGCGAACGAUUAAUUAAUUACUUCGUUCGCACAGAAGGAUCUGUGUGGGACGACCAGAGAGGGAUUUCGCCAAUUUUUCAAGCUAAUUUU